GGCUAAUCUUUGUGGAGGGUCGGUUGAGACCAAAGGGAGUGUGUGCCAGAGGAAGUGAGUAGUGACGGUCACUAGAGGCCCAGGGCAGCAGGGACAGCAUGUCGUAAGACCCUGACACCAGCAGUCGUAGAAGUGAAACUGAUCUGGGGCCUCGGAUGAACCAACAGUCUUCCCAAACCGCGGCCCUGACGUGCUGAGCUCUUACAGGUUUCCCAUGUCUGCAGGGCUGUGCGAGUCUCUCUGUCGUUAGGAGGAGAGUAGCUGAAGACGCUGCCUGACCUGUUCUGGACCGUGAUACUCUACAGUAGCGGCCUGUGGGAAUGCUGCUAGCUGGGAUGGCAACACAAUUACAGUGACAGCGUUUGAAAUGAAUGGACGAUGAGGACUCAGAGUUUUCUAUGAAUGGACACUGACUCAGAGCUCAGCAUUUGAGUGUCAAUGUGGAUGUUUAACAUGGACCAUAAGGAAUUUGCAGUGUGAUAAAAGAAAAGGAUUCAUUGCUGAUCAAGACGAGUCUUCACCUAAUCUGCACAGGAUACAGGCCUCCCACGUUCUUAAACAAUAGAGAUAAUUGUGUGUGGGGGGGCAGCAGGGCACUGACUCAUUGCUUCCGACCCUGGAGCCGUAAGAGCUCAGCACUCCGCCUAGCCGCUAUUUGGUCUUCUUCAGCUCAAGCCAUCAGCCCAGGACAUGAGACUCCUCAGUACUCCGUGUGAGCAGCAUGGCGCGUCCAGGCCCCCGGUGAGUGCGUCCAGCGUGAGCUCGCGUGUGCUCCUGCGGCAGCAGCUGAUGAGGGAGCAGCUACAAGAGCAGGAACGUCGGGAGCUCCAGCGCCGCCAGGCCAACUCCGCCUCCUCGCCCUACGCCCGGCCGCCCAACGCUGGACACACGCCCGCCAUCAACGUGACGGCUUCGCCCGGCCUGCCCUCCUCUGCCCAGGUGCCCAUGGAGGUGCUGAAGGUGAACACACACCUAGAGAACCCUACCAAGUACCACAUCCAGCAGGCUCAGCGGCAGCAGGUGAAAGCGUACCUGUCCACCACCCAGCACUCGUGUGUGAGCCUGAGCAAGCUCGGGUCCCAGGCGGUCAGCUUGCCCUGCCCCAACCAGGGAGCGGAUCACGGGGGCAUGCCUCCCGGGCCGGGCAACAGCGCCCCCAACAGCCCUAUGGCCCUGCUGACCCUCAACUCUACAGAGAAGGAGAUGGACGAUGUCAUUGAUGACAUCAUUAGCUUGGAGUCCAGUUACAACGAUGAAAUCCUCGGACUUAUGGAUCCGGGGCUUCAGAUGGGCAACUCGAUUCCUGUGUCUGCCAACCUCCUGGACAUGUACAAUAACCAGGGCAUGCCGCCACACGGCCUGACCAUCAGCAACUCCUGCCCUGCCAGCCUGCCCAACAUCAAAAGGGAAUUCUCUGUGACCCCCUCUCCAGCCGUGCUGCACUUGCUGGACAAGGCGGGAUCCUGUGGCAAGUUUGAAAACUACCAAAGGCCUGAAGGGUUCCCUGUAGAAGCAGAAGUCAGAGCACUGGCCAAGGAACGACAGAAAAAAGACAAUCAUAACCUGAUCGAAAGAAGGCGGAGGUUCAAUAUCAACGACCGCAUCAAGGAACUGGGGACUUUAAUCCCUAAAUCGAAUGACCCGGAUAUGCGCUGGAACAAGGGCACCAUUCUCAAAGCCUCCGUGGACUACAUCAGGAAGCUGCAGAGAGAGCAGCAGCGCUCCAAAGAGCUGGAGACCCGGCAGAAGAAGCUGGAGCACGCCAACCGCCACCUAAUCCUGCGGAUACAGGAGCUGGAGAUGCAGGCUCGUGCCCACGGCCUGGCGGCCGUCCCCUCUGCCCUGUGCGCCUCAGAGCUGUCAGCGCGCAGCAUCAAGCAGGAGCCGGCCCUGGGGGAGUGCAACCAGGAGCUGUACCCGGGCCACACGCACCUCCACGAGGGCCUGGACGCGUCUCGGCCCACCACACUGGACCUCAGCGACGGCACCAUCUCCUUCAGCGACGGCCACGGCCCUAACGGCAGCGACCCCUCAGCGUACAGCCUGGCGCCCAAGGCCCCGCCCUCCUCCUCCAAGCUGGACGACGUCCUGAUGGACGACAAUCUGUCCUCGGUGGGCGCGGACCCCCUGCUCUCCUCCGCGUCGCCCGCCGCCUCCAAGGACAGCAGCUGCAAGAGCAGCAUGAGCAUGGAGGAGAACGAGCACGGCUGUUAGCGCCCCCUAGAGUCCACCAUUGGACUAACCCCCUGACCACUCCCCUGCUGCCCCCCGAGGCCUCACCACCCCCCCUGGAGAAGCAAGGCCUGCGUUCAGUUGCUUAAGCAUGUACUUUUCUCCUCUUGUUUACACUGGUUGUCAUUGUGUUUGGUUGCUCUCCCUGUAGUUGGCCCCCUGUACAGUUUCAUUGGCCUCACGUGGUGAUGUCCAAACGAAGGCAAGGUCAGUAUCUAGUCUGGUGUGAUGCUGAAGUCCAUGUGAAGAUGUGUAGUAGACAGACGGAUUUCAAAUCGUGAAGGUGACCAUGUGAGUUGUGACUUUUAUUUCCCAGUAAUCAAGUUUGCUCAUGCUAAAGCCCAUGCAGUUUUAUUCAGACCGUUGACUAGUACGAAAGCAGCCCUCACACAUCACAUAUGAAGUCCAGUGUCAAGCUGUGUAUACAUAUAUCAAAUUGGUUUUGAAGCUUUUCUAAGGCAGAAGGCAGAAGAAAAAGUUUUUGUGAACAUCUCAAACAAACUGGACCCAGCAUGUUCUGCAUGCUACUCUGCCCAUGACCCAGCUGCGCUCUAACAGACCCACCUCGUCAGGGUUCCCAGCUGCGCUCUAACAGACCCACCUCGUCAGGGUUCCCAGCUAGGAAAAUCGGCUCAGUCACAUACUGCCACCAUUGAAAAUUUCCCAUUUAAGAGAGAACCGCAACCUCUUUAUUAGAACCUGAACCCUAUAAGGGUGUUCUAGUGAGAUGGAACCUCUUUAUUAGAACCUGAACCCUAUAAGGGUGUUCUACUGAGAUGGAACCUCUUUAUUAUAACCGGAAUCUUAUAAGGGUGUUCUAGUGAGAUGGAACCUCUUUAUUAGAAUCUGAAUCCUAUAAGGGUGUUCUAUAGAGCUGGAGUGUAUGAGGUAUUCCAGGCAGCAGUGGCUUUACGCUGUGAUGGAGUGAUCUUGAUCCUCUGAACUACUGACGUUAUCCAUAUUUUGGAUGAGUGUGGCUCACGUUUCCCUCUUAAAGAAACACGCUCACUUUUUGGGAAAUUAGCUUCUACCCCAGAGUUAGAUAACAGUAUACAUACCCUAUUACCCUCUUCUCUAUGCGUUCCUAUAACCCAGUCUGACACCAUUAGCCUAGCCUAGCAUCAUUCACUGGAAAGUGGGUUACACCAGUUAGCUCCCUUUUAGCUAUAGGCUAGCUAUAGGCUAACUGGUGUAACCCACCUCCAGUGAAUUAUGCUAAGCUAGGCUAGCGGUGUCAGACUGGGUUAUUGGAUGCACAGAGAGGAGAAGAGUGUGCAUAUAAACUUCAUGCAUAUUUCCCAAAAAGUGGGCAUGUUCCUUUAAUGAACUUCCAUUCAUUUCUUCAUGAUGACUUCUUAAUGAUUAAAAUGAAGUAAUGAUUGCAAAAUCCUUAAUUUAAAUAGAUUAAUCUAAGUGUCUAUCCCCCCUAAAAUUCUAUUUUCAUUGCAUUAUUGAUAACAUUUAAAUUAUUUAAAUAUUUGUUGUUGUGGUUGUGUUUUGCUACUCUUCCAUUCUCUGUGCCAUGGACAUUCAGGAUCUGUUAUGUUCAAAUAUGAUAUGAAGGAAUAUAGGGAGACUGUUGUAAGAUUUUUUAAAAGACAUUGUCAAAAACACUGGAGGAAGUCCAUUAAUUUGAAUUUUUUUUAAUAACAAAUGUUUUAUAUCUGCUAACAAUAUUGUUUUUUUUUUUUAAACAUACAUUAUAUUAUAUGAAUGACUGUAGUCAAGUAUGUAACAAUAAGCUGUACUGUUCUGAUAUUGUAUAUUUGAUUUGAUUAAUAAUAUACAAGUGUACACAGCACUCAGAUGUAUGUAGAAAUAUUACAGUUCACUUAUCACCACUAUAAUGAGUAUAGUAAUAAUGAUACGACCUUUUCUUUUUGUAACUAUGCAAUACUUCUAGUUGUAGUGAAAUAUGCUCUUGUAUGUUUUACAGCCGGUUUGGAACACAUAGAUAAGCCUACUGUCUCCUACAUAGCCUCUAGCAGCUAAGCAAAGUGCAUUCACAUGAAGUGCCUUCAAAUCGUAAAGUUGUAUUACUAAUGGAGUGAAGCGUUUGUGAGCUUCUGAAUGAGGAUGGUGUUUGACUGCCUUGUUUUAGUGAGGUUAGCAGGCCGACUGCUAGCUUCUUCUGAAUGAGGAUGGUGUUUGACUGCCUUGUUUUAGUGAGGUUAGCGGGCCGACGG